AUGGAAAUGGAAAUUCCUAGCUCCAGUCAGUCAGGAGCGUUACUAAAUUCAAGAUUGAUUAUCAACCGGAAACGUCAAGAAGGAAAUCCAGUUCUGAAGUAUAUACGCAAUGUGCCGUUCGAAUGGGCUGAAAUAAAAGCUGAUUUUGAAGCUGGUAAAGAAAUGGGCAUUUUGUACCUCAGUUUAAAAUGGCAUAAGCUUCACCCGAAUUAUAUAGAAACUCGCAUAAACAGUGAUGGUGCUGGGUAUGCAAUAAAGAUCUUAUUAGUGCUUGUGAAUGUGGAACCACGUCAUAUUUUACGCGAACUAAAUCUCUUUUGUUAUCGAACCGGUUGGACGCUUAUGCUCUGUUAUUCCGCUGAAGAAGCUGCAGAAUACUUGGAAAAUUUACAUAUUUCGAGGAACAGGAAUGAACAAAGCGCUAUUAAUGCAAUGCAAGAACGAAAAAAAAAACGGCUUUGCUUGCCAGAUGAAGACAAUGAAUUUCAUCAGGCGGUCAAAUUCCUUACUGUUAUUCGGUCAUUGACAGUAUCUGAUGCUCAGCGUUUGAUUGCUACGUUUGGUAGUAUCCGGAAAAUAGCGAAUGCGGAUAUUGAUAGGCUACUGUUAUGUCCUGGCUUAGGUCCUACAAAAGCAGGAAAUAUACAUGCAUUCUUUCGGUCAUCUUUUCAGAAGGCUUAA